GUAAAAAUCACGAGCUUGCAAAAAGCUGCCGCACGCAUCGCAACUUGCGCAAAAGGCAGCCCAAACGCUCGCGGCACGCCCAAAACAACUACCGGCCACCGCCGACAGCACGCGCUUUGCAAAAACUACGCGCGCGCGAAGUUGCUACAUGGACCCAGAAUUGGGCAAAAAAGUUUGCGACGUCGAGGUACCGGCAUCGCAGCCAAAACGCAAAUGUAACAGAGUCUGCCUCAUCGCGGGCUGCUUCGUCGCCCUCGUGCUCCUCUCGCUCGUCGAGCUGCUCGUGCUGCCGCUCCGGAGCUUCGGCGCCGACGACGCGCACAUCAAAAUUUCUUUCGACGGCCGUGACAUAAUUGUCGACGCGCGCGCCCACCCGACGCCGGCGCGGUCAUACCUCCACGAGGCCCGCGUGUCGAGCGCCAAGUGCGACGUUUACACGAGCUUCGACGGCGAAGACGCUGUGAAGACGGCGACGCUUGAUGCCGACGGCGACUGGCCCGUUGCUGCACGAGAGAAUGAAAAGCGCCACGAAUUGCAACUGAGGACCUCGAACAUCGACUUCGACGUCGCGCGGCGCCUCGCCAAGGCCGAGGAGGUCGCGACGGCCUAUGCAAAAUGUGACGUGACUGUGGACAUUGAAUUAUAUGGGGCACUACCAGUAUCUCUCCGCUUCCGGGCGCUCGAGGCGGAAUGGUCUCGCGACAAGGGCGACCUCCGCAAGGAGAUCAAAGUGAAAUUCGACGCGCCUCAAAAGGCCAUCAGCGCGGCGGUCUGGCUCGUUCGCAAAGUGAAAGAGUCUCUGGAGCUGCGCAUUGAGGACGACGGCGCCCUGUCCGUCCAGUGGCACUCGUUCGAGGCGACGCCGGCGCUGCCCGAAGGCGUGACGAGCGUCGACCUCCACCUGCCGCGCGUCGCCUACGACGUCGAGGCGGACGGCGGCAACACGGGCGUCGUCGCAUUUAAUGGAGCCGACCUCCACUUCUCCCACGAGCCGACGCUGCUCGACCUCGACUUCUCGGCGAGCGGCUACGGUCCCGUCGCCCUCGGGACGCUGCAGUCCGCCGUGGACCACAAGGUCUCUCUGGCGAUCUCGGCGCAAGAUCCGGACACCUUCUUCGGUUCGUUGAUUGGCCCGCGCCACGUCGUCGCGCUGCGCUGGGAGAACGACGAGCCCCAACAAAGGCGCCUCGCCGGUACGCGCCAGCUCACGGCCUACGAGGACGCGUGCGGCGCCGCGGCGCGGACCUGCUACACCGUGACCUGGGACGGGACCUACGAGGCCACGGGCUGCUUCGCCAAGCCCGGUCCGCUGUGCGUCUCGGGCGACGUCGUCAACUUGGACGACGGGAAGACCACUAGGUCGUUCGGCGCGGCGGUCGAGGCCUCGCACACGGCCCUUACGGCAGCCAUAGACCUCGACGAGAAGGCGUACGCCUUCGAGGCCUCCGCGGCCGUCGGCGAGGGGGAGGACGUCAAGCUCCGCGUGGUGCUCGGCGAAGACGGCGGCGACGCCCUGUUCGACCUCGUCGGGACGCUCGACGCUGGUUUACCGCAUGACGGAGCCACGGCGCGCGCCGCCCUCAGCUUCGAGCUCGGCGACGACGAGCUCUUCGACGGCGCCCUGGCGGGCGAGGUGGAUUGGUCCGGCAAUGCCUUCACGGCCUCGCUCACGGCCACGGACGACGACCAGGAGGCGUUCCACCUCGCGUUGGCUGGCGAUGGCGAGGUCAACCAGGGCUUGUUCGGCACGACGUCGAUGAUGGCGCGCGUCAACGGCGAGCAGCAGUUUCAGACCACUCUUAACGGAGAGAUCGACUGGUCCGGCGCGGAGCACGACGGUGUCGACGACGUGACGGUCGCCCUGUACGUCAAGACGGACGAUGGCACCGAGCGCUUCCACGUCGCGACGGCGCUGAACGGCGACGACGCGGACGGCCUGAGUGGCACCGCGUCGCUCUACGUCCGCGUUGAUGGAGACAAGGUCCUGGACGGCGGCGUCGGCGGCAGCGCCAAGUGGGGGGACAAUUCGGAUCAUGACGUCGAGGCGGCCAUGACGGUUAUCGCCGACGGGAACGAGCGGUUCUACAAGAAGACGGUGCUGGAUUGGGACAGGGACAAAGACGGAAACGAGGACAGCGCCACGGCGUCGCUGUACGUCCGCGUCGACGGUGAGAAGGUCCUGGACGGCAGCGUUGGGGGAAGCUCGAAAUGGGACCACGACUACGUCUGGGAAGGCGCGCUGACGGUCACGUCUGACGACGCGGAGAAGUUCCACACGGCCUUGACGCUGGACGAGUUAUCUGGGUUGGAUCAGCGGAUUCGUGGCGCGGCGGCGCUCCAGAUGCGGAUCAACGGCGAGAAGCUCGUCGACGGCGGCUUUGACGGUAGGGCCAAGUGGGGGGACAAGUCGGAUCAUGACCUCGAGGUGAAACUCACGAUCACGGAGAGCGACGAAGAGCGAUUCCACACGGACAUGACGCUCGACGGCGACGCCGACGCGGGUUUGAGCGGCGCCUCGGCGCUCGUCGUGAGGAUCGCGGGCGACGAGGUCGUCGACGCCGCGGCCGCGGGAGCGGUGAAGUGGGGUGGUGACUCCGCGCACGACUUCGAGCUGUCGACGACGCUGACCAACGACGGGGCGGAGCUGUUCGACACGGCGUUCGAGCUGGACCAACACGAUUCCCGGUCGGGCCAGUUGGUCUGGACGGUCAGGCUCGACGGCGACGAGCGCCUCUACACGCACCUGGACGGCCAGGGCGACGUCGAGGACGGGGAAGUCUCCGGGUCGUCGGGCGUAGUCCUGCGCUUGGGCGGCGAAGACACCUUCGACGGCUCCAUGAGCGGCAGCGUCGAGUGGCAGGAGGCCUCGGAGGGCGGUGACGCGACGGUCGCGUUCUCGCUGAUGGAGGGCGCCGUCGAGCGGUUCGGACUCGACCUGGCACUGCACGGCGAGGUCGACGGGAAAGUAGAGGGCUCCACCGACGUGACGGUCCGACUCGACGGCGACGCGAAGGACUACGAGGUCAGCGGUAGCUUCGACUGGGAUGAGGAAAUCGUUGUCGGUAUGAGCUUCAAGGACGCCCAUCUGGAGCGGUUCGCGUUGGAAAUGACGGCGUCCGGCGACAAUGAUGAUGGUCUGUCGGGCAAGACGGGCCUCUCGAUCAGCGUCGACGGCGACGAGUUGGUGGACGCGCUCCUAGAGGGCGAACUGUCCGUCGACGACCUCGUGUCACUUUCUGCCUCACUCCACAACAAGAACGAAGAGGUCUUCUCGAUGGCGCUGGGCGCGGAGGGCGACACGGACGACCGGCUCUACGGCAAGACCACGCUGCAGAUGUCCGUCUCCGACGAGGAGCUCUUCGACGCCCACGCGGAAGCGAGCGCGGACUGGUCCUGGCGCCACGAGGACGACUUCCAGCUCACGACGCAUCUGCUAAAUCAGAACGAGGAGCUCUUCCGCAUGAAGAUGACGGCGCGCGGCGAUGACGCGGACGGCUUGCAGGGAGAGACGUCGCUCAUGGUCGCCAUCGCCGAAGAGGAGCUGCUGGACGGCCGCGUCACGGGGAGCGCGCGGUUCUCCGGAGGGGACGACGUCGCUCUCGCUUUCACCGUGGAGAACCAGAACAAGGGGCUCGUCAGCGCGCAGAUGACGGCACACGGCGAGAGCGACGAUGCGCUGCUGCUCGGCGAGACGACUCUGGAAUUGACCCUCGCCGAGGAGAAGGCCGUCGACGCGACCGCCCACGCCUCGGCGCGCUGGGAGGACGACUGGGUCCUGAAGCUGAGCCUCGCCAACGACAACGCCGCGAUUUUCGCCAUCGACGGGACGCUCGACGGCAAGGUCGAACUCGGCAGUUUGAGCGGCGACGGCGCCGGCACGCUCGUCGUCACGCUGGGCGACGAGAAGGCUCUCGACCUCGCCUACGAGGGCGCAGUCUCGACUGACCCAAUGGAACUGAGCGCCGCCCUCAGCAAUGGCGGCGACAAUAUCAUGAGCCUGGAGGCCUCGGGCUCGUGGGACAAACGUGACGGCGGCGGCGUCGAUGGGGCGUGCUCGAUCGACCUGUCGACGGGAGGCGACUCGCUCUUCACUUUCGGCGGCACCCUUGGCGCGAACGAUAUCGAAGCGGGCGACCGCGUCUGCCUGUUCAUGGACAUGGACCUGGACAAGCGCGGCAUGCUCGGUAGCAAGGCCGUAUCUUCGGAGUUGGCCAUGGGUCUGGCCAUCGACGACUGGGGCUCGGGCCUCCAGAUCGCGCAGAGCGAGGCGACGAUGGCCAUGACCGGUGCGGGGCUGGGCAACGGGUUCACGGUCGGCACGUGGGACGCCGACAAGGCCUCGGAGCCCGUAGAUAGAGACGCGUGCGACGCGACGGCCGAGGUCUCGAUGGACGUCUUCGUGUCGUCGAUUGAGAAGCGCAAGUGGGUCCCGCCGACCAAGGCGCCGACUUCGGCCCCGACGACGAAGCCGACGCCGCAGCCCACGCACGCGCCGACGCCGCGGCCGACGCCGACGCCGACGCGUGCGCCGACGCCGACCCCGACGCCGGGACCAACGCUCGCACCGACAGAAGCUCCGGUCGUCGCCGGUUCCCUCACGCUGUCCGGCAUCUCGGUCGCCGACGCCAGCGGAGAAGAAUCCAAGGCCGUUCUCCGGGGCGCCAUCGCCGACGUCGCGGGCGUGUCGAAGAGCGCAGUAACGAUCCUGGGCGUGGCGUCGGCGUCGGCGCGGCGCCGCCGGCUUCAGGCCGGCGUCGUCGUCGACUACAAAAUCGAGUUGACGGACCACGAGGCGUCGGAGGAUGCAGCCGCCAACCUCGCGAGUGCCAGUCCCACGGAGGUCGAUGAGGCGAUCGUCGACGCCGCGAAGGACGAGAACGCGGAGGCCGUGUUCGCGGCCGUCGCCACCACAUCACUGACGUCCACCGUCGUCGCCGCGACCGACGCCCCGACCGCCGCGCCGAGACCGACGCCGCGGCCCACGCCCGAGCCAGCGGGCGGCUCGUCGGGCGGCGGUUCGGCGAAUAACGCGGGCGGCGGCGUCAUGAUCAUUGCCAUCGCGGUCUGCGCCGUGGUCCUCGUACUGUGCGGCGGUGGCGGUAUCUACUACUACAGGCGUAACAAAAUGCCGCGGGUCCUCACGCCGACGCGCGCGGAGAAACUCGAAGCGGAAUGGAGCACACGGCUCCCGACGCCGAAGGCCCUGCCGGCCGACGAGGAAACGAAGGAGGUCGACGUCGCGGAGGUCGACCUCGAGGAGGCUCGCGAGGCCCCCGUUUCCGCGAUGCCGCCGCCGCCGCCCUGUUUCUGCAGCCAGUGCGGCGCACCGCUGCGGGGCCAGUUCUGCAGCCAGUGCGGCGCCCGGGCCGCAUGAUUUGCAUUUAUUUCCUUCCUUCCCCGUUUCCCUUUUCUGAUCCAAGCCAAGUUGUAGAGUCAAGUUGUAAUAUCAAGUUUACCAUA